GACUCUUUGUUCUGUUUCUCUUCGUUCCUCCCUUACUAUUCAGUGCCGGUGGUCAUCGAUUCUGAUCCUUUCCACUCACUCGUUUUCUCAAGGCUGGGCCAGCCCACAUUUCCACCCCCUCCUUGACGUCAAGGCUCCAGCCCCAGUAGUGCUAUGUAACUGGAUCGCUAUCUCCCAGCUCCUGGGCGGAUCCCAACCAUUCAAACUAUUGCACUCCAGCCUAUAGACAUAGUGCUUGUGUGUUCCCAGUCCAACGGAGCCGCUGCUCGAAUGAAGUGAGGGGUUGAGGGCUGGAAAGAGAGUGUGAGGAGCCCUGAACGCACUUCGGCCAAACGCAGCCCUCACCUGGAGAGCAGACCAUUCCUUACUGCAGAGACAGCUGGUGCUUAGCACCUUCCAACACCUGCGAGUUCCCUGUCUCCAGUAACAACAUCGAGGCGCUCAAAACGGAAUCUUCAGUGAUUUAGGAUUAAAGAGCACUAGUGAGAGGGACCGAGCUGUAAUCUGAUUAUAAACAGAGGCGUCCUUUAUACAGUUGGAAGCAAAGCUUCAGUUAAAAAAUGAAUUGCCUUCCUAUUCACUUGAUCGUAAUGAUAUUGGGCAUGUGUGCUGCUCAAAGACAUGUCCAGGUACAGGAAGGCCCAUUGAUCAGAGCAGAAGGAUACCACGUAACCAUUUGGUGUAAUGUAUCCGGAUAUGCGGGUUCCACACAGCAGAACUUUGAGUGGUCCAUCUAUCUGCCUUCUGCACCUGCAAGGCAAAUCCAGAUAGUCAGCACGAACGAUCCUGGCUACCCCUAUGCUGUGUAUGCAGAGAGAGUCCAGAAUAAUGAGGUCUAUGUUGAGAGAAUUGAUGGAGACUCAGCACUGUUACACAUUACCAACCUACAACUACGAGAUACAGGGGAAUAUGAAUGUCACACUCCUAAUACAGAAGCAACCUACUGGGGAUCCUACAAUGCUAAGGGGAAUCUGACAGUUAUUCCAGACACACUCAGUGCAACAUCGGUACCCCAGACCCUGGAUAAAGUUGAAGGUGACUCCCUGGAACUGGUCUGUGAAGUAUCUAAACAAACAGCACAGCACACACACGUGGCUGUCACAUGGUACAUACAGAAGGGAAAUCAGAACCUCAAGGUCAUCUCUCUCACACGAGAUUUCAUCCUACGUUCUGGAGAUUCAUACAAACAAAGGCAGGCAUCAGGAGAUGUACGAUUGGAUAAGAUUGGAGCGACUUCAUUCAAACUCACCAUCUAUAAACUGCAGGCAUUUGAUCAAGGAGAGUUCUACUGUGAGGCUAGAGAAUGGAUCCAAGACCCAGAUCGGUCUUGGUUCACCAUAGCUACCAAGCGCACUGACAAAACAAUUGUGAAUAUAAAAGCUACCGAUAAGAACUUCAAUGUUCAGUUAGAGAAUGAAAGGAGAAUUCUCACAGCUGGAGACACGAUGGAAAUAAGGUGUAUCAUUGAAGCUCAAAAUAUACAGGAUCGAUAUUUCUCAGUGUUGUGGAUUUUUAAUGGCACACAGAUUGCCAACAUUGGUCGAAAUGCUGUAGCGACAGUCAAUGGUGAAUAUGCAAACAGAGAUCGUCUGGGAUACGUAAGGUUCACGAAGGAGACAGAUACAACACACCUGCUGAAAAUCUACCAUGUUCAAUUGACGGACAGUGGCAAAUAUCAUUGCAGGGCCACUGAGCAUGAGAAAACGGUGACGAGAGAAUUCAUUACCAGAGAUACUAACAAAUCUCCAAAAGUUUUGAUCCAUGUCCAGUCAAUCAAAAGUAGCCUGAGUAUAACAGUUACCAGUAAUACCACUAAGAUUUUGGAGGGUAACUCACUCCAGUUCACUUGUGAUGUUCAAUCAGCAAUCAGGAACCACAGUCGCCUUUCUGUCACCUGGCAGUUAAUCAACAAACAGAAACAGGUUACUGAUAUCAUCAGCUUGGAUCAGGAUGGUACUCAGAUUAUUGGCACACUCUACCAUAAGCGUGAUGCUAAUGGAGAACUCAGGCUGACCAAACAGCGACCAGAUUCUUUCAUCUUGCAGCUACAUAAUUCAGUGAUAUUGGAUGAUGGACAGUAUGUUUGUACAGUCACUGAAUGGAUCAUGAAUGCGAGUGGGGAUUGGCAGCAGAUAGGAAAGCAAUCUGCUCAUAUUGUAGCUGUGAUAACACCUCUUGAAACAGGUUUCAGUGUUACAGCAAUAACACGAACACCAUCAGUGAUUUAUGAUAACGCAUUUCAGCUUCAGUGCUUCAUCAGACCAACCUAUCCUUCUCGAGUAUCAGUUUCUGUCACGUGGAAAUUCCAGCCUGCUGGAUCAAGCAACAGCUAUGACAUUAUCACAUUUGCCCGUGACACAUCCAUUUCAUGGGGAGAGAAGGCGACAAAUUUUACAAAUAAAAUAAUGAUAACAAAGGCAGUGUCCAACACUAUCCGUUUGGUGGUCAAUAAAGCCAGUGACUUAGAGGCUGGGAAAUACCAGUGCAUUGCUGAACUGUGGCAUCAAAACCAGAUGGACCAAUGGGUGAGGAAAAUCAGCAAAUCUUCCAAUAUUCUGGAGGUCAAGGUUAAACCCCCUGAUUGUAUUUUAAACGUCAAUCAAGUAAAAAGAAACAUUGUCGUGAAAGAAAAUGACAAUAUUCAUUUAAACUGCCACAUCACAAAUCAAACAAGACCAGACUCUCAAUUCUCUGUGCAAUGGUAUGUUCAAACAUCACUGGAGAAAGCGGACAAGCUGAUCCUGAAAUCAAACCGUGACUCUGUGGUCGAGUACAAGGACUGGUUAGGAAGAGACAAGAAGAAGGAGAGACUGCAGGUUGCAAAACCUUUUGCUGGACAUUAUACCUUGGUCUUACUAAAAGCUGACAUUAGUGAUAGUGGGAAAUACUACUGUCAUGUGGAGGAAUGGCUACUAAGCCCCAACAACAUCUGGUACAAAAUUGGGGAGGACACAUCUGGACUGACCACUGUCAUUGUCCAACGCCCAGAAAGCAACUUGCAAACUGAAAAAAUUGAGAAAAGUAUUACUGUGCCUGAGGACAGCCAAAUUCAACUAGAAUGCAAGAUCAGCAACCGUACCAACCUGGAUUCACAACUAUCUGUGACAUGGUAUUCCCAGAAAAUAAAGGAGGAAGAACCAUACACCAUUCUCCACCUGAAUCAGAAUUCUGUUUUUGAAUAUGGCAGCUCCAUCAAUAACAGUGCAAGUCUGAGGGAUAGAUUACAAUUUGAAAAAGCUACCACUGAUCUAUAUAGUGUGAUACUGCAGAAAGCAACUACAUCUGACACUGGCAGUUACUACUGUUAUGUGGAGGAGUGGCUGCUUGAUCCCAGUGAUGUAUGGUAUAAACUGGGAGAAGAUCAGUCUGGACUGACUAUCGUGACUGUACAACAACCAGAAUUUAAAAUGCAAGUGGAUAAAACUGAAUUGAAUAUUAGCGUACCGGAGAAGGACCUGUUUCAGCUCACCUGUAAUGUAACCCAACAAACACAAGAUAAUUCUCAGUUUGCUGUAACCUGGUUCGUGUGGAAAGUCAAACAAGGUGCUGACCAAAUCGUGAAGGAGACCAUUUUAAAAGUUGAUCACAAUUCAGUGUUUGGGUUCGAUGUUUCACUGGAUGGAGUUGAGGGAAUGAAGGACAGGCUGCAAUUAGAGAGACCUUCCAAUGGAUUGUACAGCUUGACUGUGCAGGACUCUGCAAGCAGUGAUACAGGCAAUUACUCAUGUCACGUGGAGGAGUGGAUUCAAACUGCCAACAAUAUCUGGUAUAAACUAGGAGAGGAUGAGUCUGGGCUGGUCAUGGUCACCGUGCAGGACAAAGGUUCUUCUCUUCAGGAAGCGAUUUGUUCAAAUGAUGCCCUUUUCUACUUCAUAUUUUUCUACCCUUUUCCAAUUUUUGGAGUCCUGCUUAUUGCCAUUUUAUUAACACGCUAUAAAACCCUAAACUCCCAGAAAAAGUCUGAUGGCAAAAAUGGUGUCCCACUGCUCUGGAUUAAAGAACCCGCUGUGACUUAUUCUCCAACAAGCCUUGAGCCGCCAGAUUUCAGAAUAGGACCAGGAAGCCUCGGUUAACAAAGGAACAGGGAAAUGGCUUUUGGAAAAAAAAUUAAAUGAUGUUCCAACUGAUGGGGUCAAAGUUAUAAUGAAUUAAGGAUCAAUAAUUACCCUCCCAAAAAAUCCAAGUUUGGAAGCAAUAUCUUCCAUAUAAAGAAUGUACAUUCUGAGAGUCAUGGCAGUGAGAUAGGAGGGAAAGUGGGUACUUUUAUUCCAAGAUAUUUGCCGCAAUUGGUCUCCUCCCCAUUACCCCCAAUACAAUUAGUUGAUAUAUUUGGAAUGUUUAACUUUACACUAAUGUAGAUGUGUAGUCUUCUGCCAACUGUUUUUACUGCAUGAGAGCUCUGCUUGUCACACUAGUCUGCCAUGUGUAAUAAGUCUGAUCUCAUUAAAAUGUCAGAUGAUCUCCUGAAUGUUAAGACUAUUGUCAAUUCUGAAGAAUACAGAACUAUAGCAAAUGCAGACCUGUGGAGAGAAAUAUUGAGCUGUAAUGAUGUAAGAUUUAAGACUUUUUAAUGCUUCAUUACACUUAACUGCUCCAAUGCUUAGUUACAAUGUCUGAGAAGAGUCAACACCAAGCUGGAAACAUCAUAGCUGGAGGGAUCGACAUAACAUCCAGACCUUCUAUUCAAUUAUUGCACUGUUCAGAACAUUUGAACAACGGAAUGAAAGAGGAGUGGCAAGUUCAUAGAAGAUGUGGCACUAAAGACUUAAAAGAUGUUGUGUCAGUUUUUGACAAGUGUGAAACGACUAGAACUUGUGCAAUAGAAAAGCAAGGAAGGACACCCUGCAUAGAUCGUCAUCAAUGUUAUGACUGCAUUACGACAGGAUUACAUGAAGACAAUAUUACUGAAUACAGGAUAUGGACAAUGAAAUUCCGUCCCUCCUUGGUGAAUUUAGAUAAAGCUCAAGCCGACUAUUAGCAAGUACAGCCAAUGUUUCUCAUUUAUGAAUUUUUGAUACAGAAAUCUGAUCAAGCUGCAACUGUGUAGAAUGGAAAGUAGUCAUGCAGCUGGAUAGUUUCUUUUUAUAUGUUGUUUUUGCACUUUUUGAAAAUCUUUUUAUUCUGUGUUUGAACAAGAGUCAUUAUGAUUGCCUGUUUUGUUCUGACUAUGUUCUUUUUGAAAGAGUGUCAUUUGGUCAAAGGAAAUGGUGACAAGACUGAACAGAUUCAGUGCCCAAGCAUGUGCUGACAGAAUCCUGGGUUUUGUUGCAAGCCCAUUUAAUCUAAUCAUGUAACAUGUAUCUCAACAUGAAUUCCUUUAGAAAAUUCUCAUAUAUUCCACAUUCAAGAAUAUUCUGUUGAAAGAAAAUCACUUUGUAUUUACCAUGUUGAUCAUGUAAGAUCUCACACCACACAGUGAGGUUAUGAGGUGGGCAGCAUUGAAUUACUGAUGACUUUUUUUAGGGUAAAAAUGUUUUGCACUAAAACAAAAAUGAUGACUUAAUAGAAUCACACUCUUAAAAACCACAAAUUCCACACUAGGAGGAGAAAAAAAUUAAUAUUUAAGUGAGGAAAGAGAAAUUAUCUUGGGAAGGUGAAUGCCAGAGAUCUGAGUGUUACGACAGCAUCAAACCAUGGGAUGGAGUUCAAUCCAAGAUCACAUGUGAGAAGAUUAACCAACCCAGCUGGAUGUUUGUGCAUAACUAGUUUAUCAGUUUCAUGUCGAAUUGAUAUAAUUUUAAUGCAAAUCAGAUUUGAAUCGAUAGGUGAUUGAUUCAUUUGCUCUGAUAGGAGAGAUCUCGGAACUGUUUAUGUAAAUCCCACCGCACAAAUUAAGCAGAAUAGAAUGAAAUAUAUUUUCCAGGUAAAAUUACUCUAUUUUCAUCUGUUUUCUGUCCCUCUGUUAUCAUAUAUCAUGCAUGUCAUUUUAUAUGAUACCCUCUGUAAUGGCAUUGUGGGACAACCCACAGCAGGUGGACUGCAGCAGUUUAAUCAGGCAGCUCACCAACACCUUCUCAAGGGCAACUAGGGACGAGCAAUAAAUGCUGGCCAGCCAGCGACGCCCACAAAUUAAUGAAACAAAAUGUAUAACAAACCAAGUAUCAGGAGCACAGUACUCAAACAUGUAGGGCUAUUGUAAGCCAAUACAUCCCUAAUCUAGCAUUUCUAAUUUACACACUAUUGUUACAAUUCACAAGAGCUGCAGGUUCAGAUGAGAUUCUGAUAAUACCUUUACCUGCCUUCAGUGAUAUUUGUUAGAUGAGCAGUGAUGGUUUAAGGCUGAAUUUGGUACUUCUAAGGCUAAGUGCUUUGUUAAAUUUGCUGUUCUUUUGCAGUUAGAAAACAGAUCAAUUGUAAUAAUGAAUUUUGUUUAAAACUGUUCUGGGUUUCUUCUAAAAUCCAUAUUUAUGCCUUGUUUGCAUGUCACACCUGCUGUAUGAUGUGGCACAGCAUCUCAUCCUGAAUGCAAUCACAUGAUUCCUCACCCGAUCAAGUAUUUAGCCAAAAGGCCUCCUUGUGAGUAUAUGACCUGUGGCACACAAUGUAUUAAUUGGUCAAAGCAGCAAGGGAGAACAAGCCUUUGAUUUCCUAAUGUAUACAGUUGUGUAUAUUCAUGAGUGGAGAAUCUGAAUGAGCUGUGGAGUUGACUUACAGUCACAUGGACUCUUCUACACAGUCCAAAUACCAGAUGAAAUGAUGGAUUAAAACACUAUAUCAAAGUAACACAAUGUACAAAUAGCCUAGAUUGUGUCCUUUCCUCCCUAGUGUCAUAAGUUCACAUUGUAGCAUAACCUCUGCAUUGCACAUCCACAUCACCAUAAUAAAAUCAACAUUUCUCAAAAGGUUUGAAUUCCCUGGCUUAUGAAACAUGCCUUAGCAGAUAUUUCCUCUGAAUUUGUGCUUCCCUGAAUUUGUGUUUUGCUAUUUUAAAAGUAUCUGUUACCCAGCUUGAUGUUGGAAAGUGAAACAUUCAUUUACAUAACUCUGAAUUUAUUACCUACUAAUCAUUUAAUAAGAGGUUUAAAAAAAGCACUGACUUAAGGAAGGUGUAAAAAUGUGUUGUUGAUGGAGUUAGUAAACCAAUGCAGUUUGUUUAAGUAAGGGUUCUCAAAUGUGAAUGGAAGAAUUGGGAAAUCAUCAGGUUAAUUGGUUCUCGAAGAGCUUAAGCAUUUUCUAAUGAUAAAAUGCAACAGAAUAUCACAAUCUCUACAAAGGCAUGGAACCUAAACAAUAAAUGAGUAAUCAAAUAUGUUAAAUAUCUCAGCUUGACUAUCAAUAUUGGUUAAAGGCUGUCCCUAGCUGUGUUCGUAAUAGAAAUGGUGAAUUAUGUUUUUGUGGAGUUCACUCAUGACAGGUCUGCAAAGAAGCGAUGAAUUUAUGUCUGGUAAUUAAAUAUUCUGCACAUUUUAUCCAGUAAUGGAUGAACUGUUUUGGGAACGCUGUUAUUCAAGAUAACAUGAAUAUGACAGGCUAUAGAAGGCACCAAUUUACCUGUUGAAAAGGCUUGUUUAAUCAAACUCACUGAAACAUUUGGCUGUACUAAGAAAGUGCACAGUUUUUCUGGGUGCAUAUCUUGAUACUGACUAUGAAAUUGCUGUCGGAUUAAUUCUAUUGGGCACUCCUAAACACUGUUUUAAUUCUAGAAAAUGUCUAGUGAAGGUUCACCAGCUUUGGAUAAUGCUGACUGUAAAAAGACAUCAGGGGUACAGAUUCUGAUAUACCCAGUAUGACCUGGGAGUUGUGAAGUAGUGUGAAAUGGCAUCAAUGAUAUUUCUGAACCAUGGCAAUUGGCACCAAAGCCAUGAAUGAAUAAAGUGGCAAUAUGGGUCUGUAGCACUUUAAGUCUUGGCUGAGCAAGCCAGGAAAGACAUAGCUGGCUUUGCGCUAGCCUUCAUAAAAGAUUAUAUUGCAACUUCAAAAGACAGACAGUAAUUGGGUGUUAUCUGGACCUUCAGCAAAUGCGCAUUCUGCUUUGAGUUUGGUUUGGAUAAUUGAGCAGAAACAUACAAGGGACAAAUGAUAAAGUCGAUGCUCGGGGCUUUGUUGCACAAUGCAAGAAAAUCUUAUAUUCAGCAGUAUUCUGGCAAUGCAAAUCAUGCAAGCAUACUCUUUAAUUAAUAUUUAAAUUAAGGUAUGAUGACAUGAAUGAUGUGCACUAUUCAUAUCAUUCCCUUUAACCUACAGGGAAACUGAUAAUGAAUUUCUAAUUGCGAUAGUGCAAGUUUCCAAGAGUUUUUUAAAAAUUGCUAUGGUUUUUAAUACUUUCAUUAUCUGCUUGUGCAAUCAAGAGUUUUUUUUAUUCAAUGAACAUGCAGUUGUAAACUGUUUAUUGAGAAGAGGCAUUAAAUAGCCUUUUAAAUGGCCUAUUCUAAAAAGGCUUUAAAUAGCCUUUUCUGGAAGGCAGUAAAUAGAAGAUUGAAAUUUUUGGUUUGGAUCAUUGAAUUAUAGAAUCUCUAUAGUGCAGAUAGGGGCCAAUCAGCCCACUGAAUCUGCACCAACCCUUCAAAAAGCAGCCCAUACCCCCACAUCAGGGCUUUAUAAAGAGUAAGUAUCUAUCUAAUAGGAAAUAACUAUAUGAUAGAAAUGGUAUCAAUACUUUUGAAAUCCAAGAUUAAAUAUUUCCCAAACCUUAAAACAUUUUCAAAAAAUUACAAAUAACAGCUCAUAAAUUCUUACCUUGCUCCUCAGUUAAAUAUCCAUUUAAACUGGUAUGUGGUUAAUCACCAUCACCUAUUCUGAUAGAUACAAAAAUGAAUUACAAUAUUGCAUUAUCAGCAAAGUAACACUGAGAAGCCAAAUAUUUUUUACACUGUCUUUUUUUCCCAUUUUGUUAAUUUUCUAUAUUCCUCCCAUACCACUUGAAGAUCCUAAAUCUUGCUGGAGAAUUCUGUUCUUAAGCUAUCUGCAGGGGUCAAGCAAGAUUUUGUUUUAACUUGAGUUCAUUUGAGUUCUGAAAUGGCUGAUCAAUGGCAUGAUCUGCAGAACCAAUCAGGUGACGGAUUAGGUGACGGAUGAAGGGUUGGGUAGGUGGACUAUUUAGAGAUUUAUGUCCCUCAAUUGCCACGACUUUACCUCUUCAUUUUCCGACACAACGUCUCAAUGCUCUCCUGAGCAAGCCUUCUCCAUUUUCAUUAUUCACAAGAAGGUCUUCCAUAAGUCAAUAGGUAUGUGAGACCUUUUUAGAAUGUUUUAUGGAGAUUGCUAAUGCAUUUCGGCCAAUCUCCUGGGAGCUUCCUGCUACAAUUGAGCUCCAAGUGGAACAUUACUUUAGGAGACUGGAAUCAGGAAAAUGAAUGGCACGUUCAGGUUCAGAGCUGGUUUUGACCCUUUGGCAGCUUUUUGUUAGGCAAUUUGGGUUGGAAAAAUUGGUCACUGGACCAUCUUUAAGCCAUCAGAUUUGUAAAAUCUUCUGAUGGCACCACUGGUGGUACUUCUGCAAUGCUUUGAGAUACUUGUCAAAGUCUUUGAAGCGCACGCAACUUUGCUGGAGUACGGUUCCAUGUAAAGCACCCCCAGUAUGCCAUCCCAUCCUGCUUGGCAUUUUUUAUGGCUGACCCUGAAUAGUAAUUUCCAGUAGACUGCCUGAUUAUGAGUCGUGUAAAGGAUGUCUGUGAACGUGUUCUCAUUUAGGUUUCACACAUGUUUUCUAGCCUCAUUCUGUCUAGAAUUCAGCCUCUGGGUGAGGGUGGCUGGAUAUAGUAUGCAGCUGCUUCUCUAAGAGAUCAAAUAAUUCAGUACACAUCAUUAUUCAACAUGGACCUUUCUUUCCUGGGUCAUUUCUAUUCUACCCUGAAGGAAACUGCUUUCAGAUAAUCAUACAGUACACAAUGUGGUCAUUGUGCCUUUGACAGGUCUCCGAGGUAUCCAGAUUUGUACCACUACCAUCCUCUUGCCCCUAACAGUGCAAACUUUCCCUUUUUGAGGCUGUUCCAGUUCAUUUUUGAAUCUGCUUUCAGCACCCUUUUAGGCUAUGUCUUCCAGUUAAUGAAUGUAAUUACAGCUUGCUACUUAAAAAGAGUUCUCCCCAUUUCCCCUCUGGUUCUUUAGACAAUUAUCUUAACUAUGUACUUUUAAUGCCAGCCUUCUGCCAGUGGAAAUAUUUUUUCCUCAUUUAUAUUUAUUAAAAAAAAGUUCAUUUGAAAUGUUACAUAUGUUUGGGAAGCUGUGUGGGUAGAGGAUACGGAUAUCAAAUAAACUGGUUAGAGACGUUAGGUAUUUGCUAAAGUUCCAAACAAUUUUUUUCAAAUCAGCAUGAUUCCUUUCAGUGCAAUUCUAAUAUGCUUGCUAGACAGAUUGAAAAAGAGCUAUUCAAAGUGUGUAUAUACCUUUGAGUCCACCUUAUUACAAAUAUAUUUUCAACAAACACAUCUUCCAUUUCUCACAUCAUUUAUCAAUAUGUGGGACGACUGGGGGACUGGGUCUUUUCAACUGGAGAAAUGCAGCAAAUCUCACUGCAUGUGUCUUCCUUCCUUUUAUUUCUAGUUCUGCAAAUUUAAAUUUCAAAGAGGAAAUGAGUUAUAUGUUAAAACAAUGCUAAAUAAUAAUUGAGGGCACCAUUUUCUGGUUGGUCAAAUUCAAACAAAAUAAUAGCAGGUAUUAGCAGCAGAUCUGUAUCUCAAAUAUAUACAUAUAUUUCUAUUAGUUAUGGUAGCAAAUAUCAUUUUACAUUACGUUUAAUUAUGUCUGCAUGUAUUAACCUAAUUAUUACAGCACUCAUUAUGUUUAAUAAGACUGUAUUUUUGUGGUUUAGAUAUUGCUGGUGGAAAUCAAUAUAACAUAACAUUGAGUUUUAGUAUAAUUUACAAUAACGUGAACCCAUGGCCCUCUGAACGAGCCAUAUCAUUUGUUAUCACACCUGGGGUAAAGGUGGGUAUUGAGACAAAGUGAAAUUGAAAGCUUUUAACCCUUUGAAAAAAAUUUAUUUUCAAAAAAACUUCAAAAUAUAUAUCGGUUAUUUUGAAAAGUUGGGCAGGUGGUGGAUGCAAGGUACAUUACAGGACUUGAGUAUAAUGGAUUGUGCAUAUCAGGAUUGAUUGUCUCAUGCGAGGCUGUCUUCUGCUAUUCUACUCAUGAAUGUUAAUGAAAUAUGUUUUGAAAUGGUAUCAGCAAACAACUACUAGUGAAUGGGACCAAAUGUCAGCGAGUUAUUUCACUUUCAAAAGCCCACAAGCAUCCUGAAGCUGUUCCUGUUUUGAAUUUGAGUUUAAGUGUUUCAAUGCUAUUGAGUAGAGCUUGUAAUGAACAUAUUUGAUUAUUGCCCAUGCAGCAACAUUGUCCAAUGAUCAGAAAGUGACUUAUUGCAAACUUCUUCAAUGGCCGGGUUGAUCAUCAGACAAAAGAGGUUAUGUUUUCAUCCUCACCACAUGGACAGUACUCUAGUGAAGUGAAAUGUCCUCCCCCUCCCAGCCUGUUAUGGAACCCAUCAAUGGAAUAAAAUUCAAGUGGCUUGAACAUUUGGCAGUGCUCCACUCCAUUAGCUUACUGCCUAUUUGAAUACUAGAUGCAAAUUUACCCCAUAGUUUCAGCAGAUCGAAAACUGAGAUUCUGAGUGCCAUUAGAAAUACAAUUAAUCUCAUUCAGCCAACACAACGCUAAUGCCCAUUGUAAGGUUUCCCGCACAGAUAGAUGUGAAUUGUGGAUUUGCAAAGAGAAAGCAAACAUUACAAGUGAACUGCAAGAAUGAUAACUUGUCACAGUAACCAAAUCCAUUGCAUUUCACGUGGUCAUAUGUUAGUACUGUAGCUUCUCCAACAGAGUGUGCUGUAACUUAUGGCUUACAAUGUAACUGAACAUGCUUCCUUGAAGAAAUUAUUGUGUAUUAAAUCAGAUUCAUUCUAUUUUAUUCACAAUUUCUCAAAACUUUGUCAGAUUGCCACAGUCAAUUCGAAAUGUCAAACUUUGACACAAGCUCUUUCAUUAAUUUGGUAGAUAUGUAUAAUUUUCCCCUCAUGAGAUUGGUGCACUUUGUACCCAUAAUGCUGACAUAUUCUCAAAAUGAUUUCACGGGGUCCCUGCACUGCCUGCUGGUCGAGAUAUUCUACAAGAUGAGACCUUUUAAUUCGAAAUCUUACUCUAACUUGGAAAAUUGUUGGAAGAUUGAAAAAUGAACCUUUCAUACAAUCAGUCUGAUGUAUUUGCUUCUGUGUAUAGGCCUUUCUUCCAGCAUAACCCGCUAUAUAGUUGACCUGAAUUUAAAUUUGAAAUUGUGAGGUGGCAGUCUUUACUCCAAACCAUGAUCAAAACAAACAAUCCUAUACUGUUGGCACUGUGAUAUUUAUUGUCACUGAUGUAGAACUCUUGUCAUAAAUUGACACUUCAACUGAAGCAUAAAUAUUGCUUAAAAAUGUUAAAGAAUAUUCCCAGUUUCUCAUUGUUUGGACAGAUGACCUGUUUUAGGUAUUUUCUAUGUAUUAAUAGUGCAUGAUAUGGCAAAAUUUCAUUUGUGAUGUAUUUUAAUGUAAAUUUUAAAAUGUGGUGUGAUUUGUUUGAAACCUUUUGUCAUUU